AUGCACAUCGACGACAAACACGCCAAUAGGAUACGCGCCAUCUGGAAUGGAGGUUACUACGAGACCUCAAGCGCGUGGGACAUCCACACGCUUCUCUUAUCUUUCCCGAGCAACAAAGGGGGCCUGGGCGAGAAACGCCGUCCUGGCUGGCACGAGGUGCCUGUCGGGACUGAGAGAAAAGAGGCUGCAGAGGCUUUCGUUCGAGAAGUUCUCCGGAAACAGCGCCCGGACGAGGUGGUCAUCAAACCCCUGCCCGCUAGGCCAUCACGGUUCCAGAAGCUCUUCCCUGACCGGGGAAGGGACGCAGUCAGCGAGGAAAGCGACGAUACAGAGCCUGCGCAGGAGGCUGCGGAGCCCGACAACAUGAAGUACCACGCAUACCCGGUGGUCACAUCCAACUCCUGGGCUGGAGGUGUCCAGAACCCGGCGACCUGCGCUCAGCCGGAUGGCUGGUGGCGAGCUCAGGACGGAGCGGGUGGCCCGGCCCUUCAAAGCCAGCCCGUUCCGGAAAACCGGCAUCUUGACAUUGCUACCACGGUGGCUGACACACCCAACACGAGUACCCGCCGACGGGUUGCCCCCAAUAUAAGCCUGUGGUCAGAUGACGAGGACGACAUGGUCGAGGACUCUUCCUCUAGGGAACCGGCCCCUACGGCCUUGACCGGCACCGGAAUCGGUCUUGGAAGCCUGCCUGGAAAGAAGCAUGAGAGAUGGAUGGUGCGUGACUGGCGUCGCCCUGCGCCGCCGACCUAAAGUCCAGGGUCCAAGCUGGCUCUGGAAUAAUGAGAAGAUGAGAAUUGGAGUGGCAGGAUACCUGCCGAAAGGUGGGUGAGAGCCACGCAGCGAGGGAGAGGGGGUAUUGUAACAUGGAAUAGCGUGUGUAGGUCCACAUUGGCUGGUUUAUCAGGUUAGGAGUUGGUUCUUUGAGAGUAAAAGGUUGUUGUAUUGUUCAAAUGAUUGGGAUUGGGCUGAAGUUGGAAGGCGGGGCAGAGUCUGAGCGUCCAAGACAAGUAUAGCUUGGCUCGGUCACUGUGGCAACCAUACAGCCUCAGCGGCUACAUGCACAGCCAAACAACGGAACGGCGACAGGGGACGUAUGCAUAGAAUAAAUAAUACAAACCGACCCCCCAUAUUGACC